AUGAACCACCCUCAAGCGGAGACGCACGUCGUUUAUAGUGCUCCGGAGCCCACGACCAAGAAGCGAGCCCGGAGCGUGCGCAACGGGCCAGGCGACGUCCACCAGCGCCUGCCCAAGAAGUCGUUCCAGGCUCGCCCGCAAGUGCUGUGGUCGUCACCGCAAGCAGCUGAACAUCAUCAUGAACACGACGACGACGAUGGUGCACCGUCGAUGGUGAGCGGCGCCGUGGCGAUGGUGGUGAGCGCCGUCGAGGCGCUGGCGGCAGAGGUGCGGGCACUGCGCGACGACAACCGCCACAUCCACGUGCAGCUCGACGCCAUGAAGGCCCGGCAGCACGCCUGCGAUAGUGCACUGGCUUCGCUGCUCCACGGCAACCAUUACCAACAAUCGACCGUUGGUUCCGCGCCGCGGAAAGUUCGGAAGGCGAGCGCGCGGUUGACGGGUAACCGGAGUUGUGAGAAUGCCGAGGAGCGGCCCAGCGCAGCGGUGCUGGAGGCCAUCAGGGAGCUGACGUUCCUAGACGACUACCCAAGCCUGACGGGCUUCGCCGUGCCGGACUUCCGGUUUCCUGUGCUGGCCUGCGCCUACGCCGGGGCGGGCUCGCGCCCGACCAUUAUCUACGCCAACGCCGCCGCGUGCCAGCUUACCGAGUACUCCUGGGGUGAGCUGAUUGGGGCGCCGCUGAGCACAGUCGUCGCAAUGGCCGACCAGCUGUUGGUCCCAUCUCAGAGUCCCGACCUAGGCCACGAGCGGCAUCCGGCGAUCAGUCCGGUGUACAACUUUCACCACGUGCUGCGGAGCAAGAGCGGCCGGCUGUGGCGCGCCUCGGCCGACAACACUCAGUUCUUCUUCAACGCCACCCAACCACACCACGUGCGCGAGUGCAGCGCAGAGCCGAGGCACGCCCUGAUCAGCGUGACCCAGUGGGUCAGGCUCGCCGAGCCAGGCUCGGUCGUCCCCUCCACUUCUUCGAUCGAAAGUGUUGUCGACAACCUCCUCGACUGGGUGGAAGCGACGACGCCCGCAGAAGAGAACGAGCCGUCGUCUCCCUCGACCUCGUCGCCCGAGUUGGCGUCGGCACCAACAACGGCCGCCAACCACCAGCUGCAGCGGCAUCCCAUCAACCUGUCAUCAUCAUCGUCGUCGUCAUCACCCCACCGCCCGACUCGCUCGUGGCCCUUGCUCUACAGCGUCCAGUAG